AUGGCAACACCAACACCAACAAGAAAGACUGAGACAGAGGAUGAGAAAGCGGAGCAAAACAUACGGGCUCAUAUGCGUGAAGAUGCACUGCUACUCAAUCACUUGCCUGUCAAAUCUGUUUCUGCCGCUCCAGUUGAAGAUAAAAUACGAGACCGCCCAAACUCGCUAGGCAUACGCAUACUAUUCGGCCAGCUGAAAGACAGUGACAAAGGAGAGCAAGUCUGGAUUCUACUGACCAAGCCUGAGAAUGGGGACAGCGAGCGCGCGCCUGAACAGCGGUUCAACGUAUUUGAUCGCCAUGGUAAUCCUGUACGCGGCCUGUCAGCCGAUGACGCCGUACGCCAGACUGCCAUUGCGCCUGCGUUCAGGUGUUUGAAGAAAGAAGGCGUCAUUGAAAUGUUGCACUUACGGGCCGUCAUCAAGUACUACUUCAUCGUCAAACGGGUCAACCCACCGGUGCCGUGGCGAAUCGACUCGCAUUAUAUCAAAGCACUGACUGCAGCGUGCAACGCAGCUCGUAACCACGCGGAGAGUGCUGAGCGAAGUAAGCAGAGAUAUCAGGAGCGCGAGACAGCAACUGCUGCGGUAUAUCAGCGGAGGGAGUCGACUACUUUACUACGAGACACGACGACACUGACAGACAAAGCUAAAGAGGCACCAGCCAAAGCCAAAGCCAUUUCGCAGCGUGCGUCGAUACCACAUGCUUCAACACAAUCACCUUCAUCUCCUGACAGCAGUAGUCUUUUCAUUCCAGAGAGCCCGCGUCAUACCGCUCCACCCAAAGGCUUCGCAUCCCAGGCUCCAAGCCCAACUUCAGCACCUCCACGCUCAGCUUCUGCAGUUCCACGCUCUACUCCUAGUUCAGCUCCCGUAGCCUCUACGCAGAAAAUAUCACCCACUGCCAAGCAUUCGAGAGCCUUCCAGUCGCAGAUGCUACCUCCUCCCGCCACUCCGAAGCCAGCUCCCCAAAACCCCAUGCCAAAUACCCACUGUUUCUCCAUCCGCCAAAACGGCAGUAAGCCGCAUAAAGAGAAUAAACCGGCACCAAUGCCAUCACCCAAGACUCCGACGCCAACGCCAACUCCAGCUUCAACACCCAAGCCCACGGCCCCAAACAAAGGCGCAAACACCCCCCUCAAAGAUAAACCCCCAAACCCCCACUCACCCCUCACCUUCAUCUCAGCAUACCGCCAAGCCGAAGCAGACAGCGACACAUAUGCGCACGAGCUCCGCAGCAUCAAAGCGCAGCAAGACGCAACCGCAGCUGAAGUCGCAGCCCUACACACCCGUCUUGCAGAGCUAGAUGUAAAAGCAAAGGAGAUGAAGGAUAAGUACGAGCAAACAACCGUAACCAAGAAGCGACUUCACGAUGAAUUAUCGGGUGCAGAGAAGGAACUCCUGCGUUUUGGCGCCGAGCUGGCCGAACGAAAGUUCAAGCGGCCGAGGGCGAGCAGGACUGGCGCUGGCAGCGGCGGUGGUGGUGGCGAUAAGGCUGACGAGGUACCUUUGUGGGUGGGUUCUGGGUCUGAGAAAGAGUAA